AUGGCUGAUUGUAUCAGAAGUGUGGCAAGGAAGGUGUUAGGAGAAACAAAAGGGAAGCGUAUGAUAGAUAAGGAUGGGUGGUGGUGGAGUGAAAGUAUUGGAGAAGUUUUGAGAGAAAAGAAAAAUGCCUUUAAAGAAUGGCAGAGCGUAGAAGACCAGAAUGAAUCCAUAAAAGAAAGUAAGAGAGGGGCGUAUAAAGAAUGUAAGAAGAGAGCGAAGAAGGAAGUUGCUAUUUGUAGGGCAGAGGCGCACGAUAAAUUAUAUCGGUCCCUUGAAAGCCCCGAAGGUCAAAAACGACUUUUUCAAAUUGCAAGAGCGAGAGAAAGGAAUGGAAGAGAUGUUUCACAUGAAGAACAAAUACCUGAGGAAUGGUGCAGUAGUAUACUGGUUCCCAUUUUUAAAAACAAAGGAGACGUUCAAAACUGCAGCAGUUACCGGGGAAUAAAGCUCAUGUCACAUACGAUGAAAGUCUGGGAAAGAGUAAUAGAGAGAAGAAUGAGAGAAGAGUGUGAGAUAACACAAAACCAGUUCGGAUUCAUGCCCGGUCGAGGUACGACAGAUGCCAUUUUCGCAUUACGCCAAUUGUGCGAAAAGUACAAGCGCGUGCAUAAAGAUCUGCACAUGGUUUUUGUCGACCUUGAAAAGGCGUACGAUCGGGUUCCCCGUGAGGUCGUGUGGUGGGCGUUAAAGAUGAAAGGUAUGCCUGGGAAGUAUGUGAGGUUGGUCCGUGCUAUGUACAGAGCAUCCCGUACAUGUGUACGAUCUGCCGCGGGAACUACGGGCAGUAUCGAUGUGGCGGUAGGGCUGCACCAAGGGUCGGCACUGAGCCCUUACCUCUUCCUACUGAUUAUGGACGCUUUGACGUCGGACCUGCAGGAUGAGGCACCCUGGUGCAUGCUCUUUGCCGAUGACAUCGUGCUUGUCGGGGAAGAAGGCAUCGAGGUACAGAGCAGACUGACGGGGUGGCAACGGAGGCUGGAAAGUGUUGGCCUGAAGAUCAGCAGAUCCAAAACCGAGUAUCUGUGCUGUGAUUUCGGCGGUCUUUCCAGUCCUGUACCCAUGUCGUUGGAUGGCGCUAUACUGCCUAUCUGCUCAGAUGUCAAGUACCUCGGUUCCCUCAUUCAAGGCGACGGCGGAAUAGAUAGAGCUGUGCAGCAUAGGAUUAACGCAGGGUGGAUGAAAUGGUGA